CUUCUGCGUGGAGUUUAAUAUCAUUCAUUUAUAUACCAAUAUUUUUAUAAUUGGUCUAAUCAUAAUCACCUAAUAAGAGUUAAAAUCGUAGAUGUCUUACAUUACAGAAGUCUGUUAAGAAAUAGAAAGUGUGGUUAUAGAUUGGGUUGGAUUGGGUGGUAUUUGUUGAAUUAGUCAUUCGUUGAUGGUGUUGUCAUUGUUGAUAAUAAAUUAAGUGUUGUUUAAAACAAAUGAAUAAAAAUGUCUUUGGCUGUGAUACAGUCCGAUUGUAAAAGGGCAAUAUCCCUUAUUUCCCAUUUAAGUAACGAUGAGUUGGACGAGAUAAUGAACAACGAAGAAAAACUAGAGAAUCUGCUGAAAGACUUGAAUCAGAAUUACAUUAAGGAAAUUGAAGCAGAGAAAGAAACAUUGUUAGCUAGUAACAAUUCAUUAGCAGAAUAUAAUCUUGGAAAGGAGCCUCUGCUGACUGAGAACAGAGAAAAGAUCCACCAACUGUCACAAGAAGGUGCAGAGUUAUCCAAAUCAGUGAAAGAUAAGCUUCAAACAGUGCAAGAUAAGAAUGGUGAUAUGUCCCUAGAGACCGCUUUAGCACUAUUACAGACAGCAGCUAGUGAAAUUGAAGAAGAAUCAGAAAAGUUGGCACAAAAAUUCCUAAACAAUGAAACUGACUUAGAAGAAUACCUUGACACUUUCAUGAUCAAAAGGAAACUUAUGCAUCUUCGUCUAGUUAAGGCAGAAAAGUUGGCAAAAAUAUUAUCAAGAGGACUACCAAACAGCCAAAAUUAUAUGAACGUUCCACCAACAACAAUAAACAGCAGCUUCUUUCCUGGUACUGUAUUCCCACCUGUCCCUCCAGCAUCUGUGCCAUAUCCCACAGGACCCUUAAAUAUGCCUCUACCUCCUGGAGGUGUCCCCAGGUAUUUUCAAAACCAUUUUUGAUAUUUUACUUUGAUUCAUUGAAUUAUGCCAGUAAUUGUGAUUAGACUUACAGUGUCUUACAAAAUGUUCAUUUUUAAUUCUGUGAGAUACUGUAUAAGUCAUUAAUAUGGGAAUUAAUUAAACUAAAAAAUAUGCACAGCCUCAACAACUGGGUAAAACUUGAAAACUGUGAUCGUUGGGCCUGUUUCACAUUAAAAUUAAUUAACCAUUGUUUUGCUAUUUGCACAAAUGAGUUAAUUUUGCCAUAUACACGUUUUUCACUUAUCACUUAAAAUAUACAUGCAAAUGGAGGCUUAUUAUUAUGAUAUUUACUGGAAUUAAAUAUAAAUAUAGUAUAGUUAAAUUUUAAAUUCCCUACCAAAUUAAUUUUGAUUUAAUGAAAAAAAGGAAAAUAGCACACUUUAAGAAAAGAAUAAUAAUCGUAUCAUUUUUUGUGUUUUAUUAUUCUCAAAAUAGUUAUCUACUUUUUGUAUAAGAAAGCUUAUAAAAGAAUGUUAUUAGUUAUGCAGCUCAGUUGGUAAUGUAGUUAAUAUUUUAUGCUACUGAACUGUUAUGAUACACAAGAAAACAAUUUAAAUUUAUUAUACCAUUACACGUAGUAAGUAAUGGAUACAUUUAAUCAAAACUUGCUAUUUAUUGUACAUAUAAGUUUUACAAUAAAAUUAUUGUAAUGUUU